AGACAUCUUUAGCGUACCAGAGUCCUUGUAAAGAGGACCAAGCGGCAUAGCAAGUUCGUUGGUUUACGCAGUGGUGGUAGUUUUUCAACUGCAAAUUGAAUAAAGCAAAUGCGCCUCCAAGUAGGUUUGAGGCGCCGAUUUCUGGCACGUGCGCGCUCUCUCUCUCUCUUUUUUGCAGCACAUUCAUUAAUAUAGCACGAUACCGCCAACAACACCAUUAUUCAACAGAAAAAUAUGCAUUUCGGAGGAAAGCGCAAAUUCGAAAGUGUCAUUGAAAGCAUAGGCGACAGGAAUCCUAUUACGUUGCGUGCUUUAAUCCCCCCCAAGCAGGUCGGUGCCUUGAUUGGUUUUCACGGUCAAGUGCACCAACAACUUCAAGAUCUCUACAAUGUCCACAUUUACGUGUUUGGGUGGAGCGACAAACGUGGGCGAUUGACGCAUGUGUUUGGAAGCCCAGAGGCAGUAGCCAAAAUGUGGCGAGACGGCUUGUUUCGGAUGUAUGGAUCGCGCGAAAGUGCCCUUUAUGGUCAGAAUUUCCAAAUCUCGUUCCUUGUACCCACGCCCCUGGUUGAGUGGCUCGAGGAAACUAAUGUGCUGGAGCGGAUUCACACAAUUACGAACGGCAAAACGAAUGUAACGGGUCCAGAACUGGCACUCGAAAACACGACCGAGCAUGAAUUGACGAUAUCGAUCAAUAGCAUGGAUCCAGAGCUGAUGAAUAUGUUUGAAAAAGCAGUGUAUAUUCUGGCCUUGCAGUUUCGAGAGCGUCCUGAUCUGGCCAUGUCGCCUUACAAUGUCUAUUAUCUACCGUCUGUGCAAGAACAUCAUUAUCGUCAACAACCGCAGCAGCAGCAGCAGCAGCAACGACAGCAGGAGCAACAAGAUGAGGAGCGAUGCGAUGUAAAAGACAAAGAACAAGACUCUGAUGUGAAUAGCAGCAAAAGCGAUAUGAUGAUGACGGUGAUGUCCCCUAUUGCUACUAGCAGCACUAGCACCAGCACCGGAGCGCCACCACCAACAUUGGGAGGAACAGAAGCGGGAGACAACAGUCAAGACGAUCAGCAGCAGCGUCAUCCUGACAGCGACGACACUACUAGCAAUAUCGGGGAUUGUAAGGAUGAGAACGACAGUGAUGAUAAGAACAACAACAGCAACAGCAGCAGUGACAUUGCACUUCCCCUGGAAAGUAGAGGAUGAUCAGCACGAAGAGUUCAAUAGCAGCGCCAACGAGCAGCCUGCAACCCCCAGUUGAUGCCUUUUUACUAUAUCUUCUUUCUCUAUGAAUGAACCCCACACUAGGCUGUAUAUAAUUUGUG